AUGCAUGGCUCGAUUAUCGAUAUGUAAUGUAAUUAUCCACUGAUUAUCCUGAAUAAUUAAAACAACCUGAUGAUUGUUAUCAACAACUACAAGGACGCAUCUCUUGAUAACUAUCAACAGUACGAAUAUAUCUCUUAAUUAUCUUUUUGAAUUUGAUUUGUAAAAUAUAUAUAUAUAUAUUAAAAAUUUGCAAAAGUAACCCACAAUUAAGAAAAUCAAAUCUAUCAUUUUUGUGUCUAGGAAGGUUUGCUCGUCACUACAUUCUGCAUGGGAAUAGAACUGGCUGUUCUCUGAACCCCGCCAAUAUAGCAUCCAAUUUAGUUAUGGCUGUUGAGAUGUGAACUCUCUCCCUCUCUCUCUCUAACGGGUUCUUCUAUCUUUCUGGCGGCUUAAUUUCAUUUUCAUUUUCUCCUCUUUCUUCUUCUUCUUCAAACAUAUUGAUUUACUUCCCGAUUAAGGCUUUGGAUAUGACAUAAUAUAUUCGAAGCAAGCCGUCUUUAAAGCAAUGUCUCCUACUCUUCUUUCUGCUAUUCAAUUCACAGCUUGCUGCUCUUUUCACAGAUGCCAUGCUCUGUUUUUCCGGGAAAAUUUAACCAAAUCCCAGAAAAUUCCCGUUUUCCUUAAUGGGUUGUUACAGGGCCAAUUUCCCCAUUUUGCCUCCAAAUGAUGUUCACUUCGAUGACUUAGCCAAGACUGUGAUCUCCGCCGAUCAAGAAGGAAAAUCCAAUCAAACCCUGUCUUCUUCUUCUUCUUGUUCGUCUUCGUCGGGCUCAAUCUUUCUCGAAAACUUCAGCAGAAAAACUCUGGAUUUUCCGGCGGCCGAUGACAUCAAACCCCUGCACCAAUAUCUGGGUGGUCUUGGGGAUUUUCUAGUGAAUCCUCAGCCGUUGAUGGAAAUUGAUCCGAUGGUGGUGGUACCACAGCAGCAGCCGGACUGGUUCAAGUUUCCGGCGCAGGUUUUUCAGCAUCAAACGGCGGGGUCCAAUUUUCCAAUUUUCCCGGAAUUUGAAACUGCCGGAGUGAAGGCUGACCUGGCCGAGACCCAGCUGGGAUUGCCGGUGCCGGUGGGUAAUGAGAUACAGCGGUGGAUUAAGGAUGAGAUGAUGGAGAAGACGAUUGAGAGGCGGCAAAAGAGGAUGAUCAAGAACAGAGAGUCCGCCGCCAGGUCCAGGGCAAGGAAGCAGGCUUACACCAACAAACUGGAGUUUAAGGCGUCUCAGUUGAAGGAAACAAUUUGCUGUCUCCUUAAGAGAAAGGACAUGAACAUGCUUUUGUCUUCUCCGCAUUCGACCCCAUUGCCAUUGCCCAGAUAUCAGCUGCGAAGAACAAGCUCAGCUCACUUCUAAUUAAGCAGCUGCAAGUAAUGCAUCUCAACAGUUUCCAGACCCAUUCAUUUGAUUCAUUUCACUUUCUUUUUCCCUUGCUUUUUCUUUCCUUGUUACUAGGUAUAUAUUGGCAUCAAAUUCUCUUCUUCUUCUUCUUCCUUUUUUUUUAUUCUUUUUGUCACGAUAAUGGGUGAUUUACCCUUCUUGAGAGUCCAUACUUAACAUGACUUUAAGCAUUAUAAUUUGUUGAAAUA